GUGCCUCGUCCACAGAAAAAAAAAACAAAGACCCCCCCCCCUCUUCUUUUAUUCUCUCCCGUCGGCUCAGGACAAAAUAUGGAGAAGUACGAGCAGGUUUUGUGUCUGGGCAGGGGAGGAGCAGCAGACGUGUUCCUGAUGAGGCAUGUGGAGCGUAAGAGCCUGCACGCAGUGAAGAGGGUAAAAGUGGAGGACACAAGGGCAGCAAAAACCCACAGGGCAAUCCUCCAAGAGGCUGACAUCAUCAGGAAGCUGCAGCACCCUCACAUAGUGAAGUGCAGCGACGCCUUUGUGAACUCUGAUGAUGGAUUUAUUUACAUUGUGAUGAACUACUGCGAUGGUGGGACACUAGAUGACAGAGUUAAAGGGAGGAAAGCAGAUGAGCUCUUCUCAGAGGGCACCGUGAUGGGGUGGUUUGCGCAGGUUGUCGUGGCUGUGAAUUACAUACACGCGGCUAAAAUACUACACAGGGACAUCAAAACCUCCAAUGUGCUGCUGACCAAGCAAGGCGUAGUGAAGUUAGGGGACUUUGGGAUAUCCAGAGUGAUGACGAACACAGCCGAUAUGGCCUCCACGUGUGUUGGGACACCCAGUUACCUCAGUCCUGAGCUUUGCCAGGAUGUCCCCUACAGCUCCAAGUCAGAUAUCUGGGCUCUUGGCUGCCUGCUGUACGAGCUCUGUGCUCUCAAACCUCCGUUUGCAGCCACAAACCUCUUGAGUCUGUUCUACAAGAUCACCAAAGGAGAGUACGAUCCUGUGGCCAACUUCUACUCUGACAGCGUCUCGUCUUUGAUCCAGACGAUGCUCUGCCUCAACCCAGAAAACAGGCCAAGUGCUGCCUGUAUACUUAGCAGCGGGUGUGUGCAAGAACACCUAGAGUCUUUCAAACGCACAGAGGCUUUCUGUGCUUCUGUGAUUGAAUCUAAAGGGGAGAGCUGUGACUUUAAUAUAGGAGGAAAACACACAGACAGUCAGUCCCACUCAUGGGAAGAUGAAGACCUCAAUAUGAAAGCCAGUUCCAGUUAUGUGGAGGAGGAAGGUUGUGAUGCUUUGUGUGCUGCAGGAGAAAUCCACUGCGACUGCCACUAUCCUGAAGACUUUGAUGAAGAUGGAAGUUUGUCCUCUCUUGAGGAGCACAGUGACCACUCGGGGCCCCCAAUGAGGAGCAACUCUGCGGAGUCUGUUGUAUUCCCAGAGGCUUCUGAUGUCUCAGAACAAGUUGAAUAUCCAGAUGACUUCGAGGAAGCCGAGGUGGAAGAAGAAUACGAGGGUGACGCAGCCUUCGACCACACUGCCGCUUAUCAGCAGCCACAUGAUGACGCGCUGGAGGAGUUUCAGCUCUGUGAUGCUGGAGGAUUGACCGUCACUGUGAAAGCAUUGAAGGAAAAGGGCUAAAAAAAACACCCUUAAGAACCUUAUAUUGCAAUAGAUGGGUAAAUAGAGGGGCUGUUGAG